AUGGUUUUCUCAGUGGUCGUGGCAGGGCUGAUCCUGGUUCUGAUCUGGUGGUUUAGUGGAAACAUCAGGCAUAAGUCUAAGCGUCCUCCUGGGCCCACUGGACUUCCUCUUCUCGGGAACCUGCUUCAGCUCGACCGCAAGGCUCCUUUUAAAACCUUUCUGGAGCUCAGUAAGACCUACGGUCCCGUGUUCACGGUGCACAUGGGCCUGCAACGGGUCGUGGUUCUGGUGGGCUAUGACGCAGUAAAGGAAGCUCUGGUGGAACAGGCAGAGGACUUCGCAGGAAGAGGAAACCGGCAGCUUCUGAAUAAAUUAACCAACGGCUACGGUGUAUUCCUCAGCAAUGGUGAGCGCACUCGCCAGCUCAGACGCUUUACUUUGUCCACCCUGAGAGACUUCGGGAUGGGACGCAAGGGUAUGGAGGAGUGGAUUCAGAACGAAGCCAGACAUUUGUGCAACAAGAUGGACUCCUUCAAAGGCUCCGUCUUCAACCCCAAGGCCAUUGUGGGGUGCUCGGUGGCCAACGUCAUCUGUUGCCUUGUUUUUGGGCGCCGCUUCGAUCACGGCGACAAACAAUUCCUGCGACUCUUUCACAUCUUGAAUGAGAUCAUGGAGAUCAGCAGCAGCCCACUGGGCCAGAUCUACAACUUGUUCCCCACUGUGAUGGGCUUCAUCUCUGGACGCCUCCGGAAUCUUUUUGCUCUCAUAAGUGAGUUUCAAACCUUUGUGCGAUCAGAGGUCACGAAGCACGCUGAGACUUUGGAUCCGAACUCACCGAGGGACUACAUCGACUCCUUUCUGAUCCAGAUCGAGCAGGACAAGGACGACCACACCAGCGAGUUCCAUCACCAAAACUUGAUUGGGAUGCUGCUGGCUCUGUUUCUGGCCGGAACCGAAACCACCAGCUCAACCAUACGGUACGCCCUGGGAGUUCUGAUGAAGUACCCCGAGGUUCAAGAGAGGAUGCAGAAGGAGAUCGACGGAGUGAUCGGGAAAGACCGAGCUCCCAACGUGUCCGACAGGAAGUUGAUGCCUUUCUCAGAUGCCGUCAUUCACGAAGUUCAGCGCUGCCUGGACAUUGCUCCCUACAGCGUCCCUCACCACUCGCUCACGGACAUCUCCUUCCGAGGAUACACCAUUCCCAAGGAUACAGCCAUCAUCCCACUACUGCACUCGGUGCUGAGAGAGGAGAAGCACUGGAAGACUCCCUGGUCCUUCAGUCCUGAUAACUUCCUGAACCCUGACGGCAGCUUCAAGAAAAACCCAGCCUUCCUGGCCUUCUCUGCUGGGAGGCGGGUCUGCCUGGGUGAGUCGCUGGCCAGGAUGGAGCUCUUCCUCUUCAUGGUGUCGCUGGUGCAGAAGUUCACCUUCUCCUGCCCGGGGGGACCCGACAGCGUCAACCUGGUGCCAGAGUACAUCAUGAUGACCAACGUGGCUCCUGAGCACGAGCUGAUGGCCACGCCUCCUGGACCGGAGCCAGAGGGAGCGGCAUCAGGUGAGAGUGCAGGCGCGCUGCCAGCUCUGGUGAGGGGUCAACUCCCGCGUUAUAUAAAGGUGGGGCCCCGCCUCGGAGCGGCUCAGAGUCUGAGCAGCAUGGAGCUCGUCACCACCGCGGUUCUGGCCGGGCUGAUCCUGGUUCUAAUCUGGAUCGUGAAGGACCGAGCCAGAGACAGUCGCCUGCCUCCGGGACCGAGGGCUCUGCCUGUCGUCGGGAAUGUGCUUCAGCUGGACAAGAAGUUUCCCUUCAAAACCCUGAUGGAGAUGAGCAGGAGCUACGGUCCGGUGAUGACGCUGUACCUGGGCUGGCAGCGGGCCGUGGUUCUGGUGGGUCACGACGCGGUGAAGGAGGCGCUGGUGGACCAGACGGACGACUUCACGGGCAGAGGACCGCUGCCUUUCCUGCUGAAGGCAACCCGAGGCUACGGUUUGGGGAUUAGCAACGGGGAACGCUGGAGGCAGCUGCGGCGCUUCACCCUGUCCACCCUGAGGGACUUCGGCAUGGGCCGGAAGGGGAUGGAGGAGUGGACCCAGGAGGAGAGCAAGCACCUGCGGGACUGGAUCGUCUCACUGAAAGGCGCCGUCUUCAACCCCACCUUCCUGCUGGGCUGCACCGUCUCCAACAUCAUCUGCUGCCUCGUGUUCGGACGUCGCUUCAAUUACGACGACAAAGAAUUCCUGAACCUCCUCAAUACCAUCAACGAAAUUGUGAAGUUCGGGAGCAGUCCGCUCGCUCAGGCGUACAACCUCUUCCCCCGGCUGUUAGAGCUGCUGCCGGGGUACCAGCACAAAGUGUUCGCCAAGAUGCUGGAGAUCAGACAGUUUGUCAACAAGGAGAUCCAGAGGCACAAAGAGACGCUGGACCCCAGCUCCCCCCGAGACUACAUCGACUGCUUCCUUCUCCGCAUGAAGCAGGAGAAAGACAACCCCAGCACUGAGUUCCACGAGGACAACCUGGUGGCCACGGUGAUGAACCUGUUUCUGGCUGGAACUGAGACCACCAGCUCCACCAUCAGAUACGGACUCAGUGUUAUGCUCAAGUACCCGGACAUCCAGGCAAAAGUGCAGAAAGAGAUUGACUCAGUGAUCGGAGACAGAACCCCCAACAUGGAGGACCGGAAGUCUCUUCCCUUCACUGACGCCGUCAUCCACGAAUUCCAGCGGUUCCUGGACAUCGUGCCCCUCAGCCUGCCCCGCUACACCCUGCAUGACGUCUCCUUCCGAGGAUAUGUGAUUCCAAAGGACACCGUCAUCAUCCCUCUGCUCCACUCGGUUCUGAAAGACGAGAAUUACUGGGAGACUCCUCAGACUUUCAACCCUGAGCACUUCCUCUCCAACGGCAGCUUCAAGAAGAGCUCGGCGUUCAUUCCCUUCGCGGCAGGAAAAAGAUCCUGCGUGGGUGAGUCGCUGGCCCGGAUGGAGCUUUUCAUUUUCAUCGUGACACUAAUGCAGCACUUCACCGUGUCCUGCCCGGGCGGCCCGGACAGCAUCGACCUGGUACCUGAAUACAGCAGCUUCGCAAAUGUUCCGCCACAGCACGAGCUCAGCGCCAAGCUGCGCACCAAAUGAACUCAUGUCUGGACGCCAAACUGACCCUCGGCUCUAGAAAUGAACUCAAAUUCUUUUGGAAAACUGGACUCAUCAGAGAGUCGGAGCAUUUAUCUCUUUAAUAAGGAACGUCAACAUAAGGAGUGCUCUCCUCGCUCAGUCCUGCAAGUGAAGUCAUCAACAUUUCAGACUGUCCUCCAGGAAACUCUGCUCUCUCCUCGAGCAAGGGGUGUGAAAUUGGACUUCAGAGUAACAAAAAUCUAUCAAUAAAUAAAAAUUAAAUCAACAUAAAGAAGGGAAAACCUCCAGUCCUGUUAAAAACAAAGCUCUUUUGUGUUUACAAUUUAAUAUGAGACGUAUUUUGACUGUGUGACUGUCUUUUCUUUAAAUUGGUGAAUAGCGCAUAUUUUUUAUUAUUUUCCUUCUUUUAUAUGGUUUUUAUUUGCUAUUUUUGUGACAUACAGUACUUCUCUUUGCUUUCAUUACACUCUUUUUUUCUUUCACUUACUCA